AUUAAAGUUUAUAAAUAAAGCCAAAAAUGGCAGACGAUGAACAAGAUCCUAAAGAAUAUCGCUGGGAAACUGGCUACGAGAAAACUUGGGAGGCUAUUAAAGAAGAUGAAGAUGGUUUGGUUCAAGGAUUGGUUGCCGAAUUUGCCCAAAAAGCCGCCCGAAAAGCGGUCACCAGUCGUCGUGGUCCUGUCAGACUUGGCAUGAUGCGUCACUUACUUGUAGCAAUUGAUUGCUCUGAAGCAAUGAGCGGUCAAGAUUUGAAGCCUAUGAGAUUUCUAUGUACACUUAAAUUAUUGGAGAAGUUUGUUGAAGAAUUCUUCGAUCAGAAUCCUUUAAGUCAACUUGGUGUUAUAGCAAUAAAAAAUAAAAGAGCUGAAAAGAUAACAGAACUCUCGGGAAAUAUUAGAAAACAUAUAAAAGCUGUGCAAGGGUUGUCUAAUAUCGCGUUAACAGGGGAACCGUCAUUACAAAAUACUUUGGAACUUGCUGCUAGGACUCUGAGACCUCUCCCAGGGCAUGCAUCUAGAGAGCUUCUUGUUUUAUUUGGGUCUCUGACAACGUGUGAUCCUGGAGACAUAAAUAAUACAAUACAGACACUUAAAAGUGAUGGGAUUAGGUGUUCGGUUAUUGGAUUAGCAGCGGAAGUUAGAAUAUGUAAAAAGCUAUGUCAAGAUACUGGUGGAGAAUAUGGGGUAGUAUUGGAUGAUGUGCACUAUAGGUCUCUCCUAAUGGAGCAUACAUCACCGCCAGCUAGGGCUCGCGCUUUGGAUGCUGGUCUUGUUAAAAUGGGCUUCCCUUACACUCCACCUGCAACCCAACCUGAUGCUGAUCCCCCAAUUACAGUGUGUAUGUGUCACCUGGAGGAGGGUGAGGGGGACGGCGAGGGGGGUGCGAGUGGGGAAGGGCACGUGUGUCCGCAGUGUCGCAGCAAGUAUUGCUCGCUACCGGCGCAGUGUCGCACGUGUGGCUUGACACUCGCCUCCGCGCCGCACCUCGCCAGGUCUUAUCAUCAUCUGUUUCCUGUAGACCCUUAUGAAGAAGUCAAAAAUGAGGGUCAGGCACAAUUCUGUUUUGGUUGUUUGAGAUCUUUUACGGAUCUUGAUAAACAGCUGUACCGCUGCUCGCGCUGCAGCGAGUUCUACUGCUGGGAGUGCGAGCACGUGGUGUCGAGCUCGCUGCACGUGUGCCCCGGCUGCGCCUCGCGUCCGCACCUCUACCAGCGCCUGCCGCAGGCCGACUGAGCGGACGAACGCGAUAUAACUUAACUCUUUGUUACUGUUAACUCCUUUUUAUUUUUGCGUUAUCUUCAUUGCCUCCUUCUCCCUUCCCUUUCAGUAGGUAUAAAAAGUUCGAAGGUAUGAAAAUUAAGAAGAAUUUCAGUUCACGUCGACAGCAUAAUACAUGAACGAAAUAAACUUUUUGUUACUA